GCACGCGCAGCGCGCCCCCUUGGUGCGCGGGCACAGCAGCCAGGCUGCCGGAGAGCUGAUCUCGGGGAUUCGGGUGCGGAGCCCUUGGCCUGGAGGCGAUAUGGGUGGUCCGUGGCCGGGUUCAGUCGUUUGCAGCCGCCUGGGGAACAGGCCUGUCUGGCCCUAAGGGAGCCCUCUUUCGAAGUGGUGGUGCUUGGACGACUCGCUCUCUGCAUUGCUGGGCACCUGUAGGUGUCCCUCGAGAGCUCGGUUUUGAGGUUCAAGUCAGUGUGGCCAUGAAGGGGCUGCCUAUUGGGCUGAUGCUGUGACCCCGGAGUCUGCCUCUCCUGCCAGUACCCCUGCCCGGAACAUGUGGCUGCAGCUUGGCCCGCCCUCGCUGUCCCUGAGCCCCACGCCCACAGUUGGCCGGAGUCUGUGCCUCACGCUGUGGUUCCUCGGUUUGGUGCUGAGGGCCAGUACCCAGGCCCCAGCACCCACAGUCAAUACUCACUUUGGGAAGCUAAGGGGUGCCAGAGUACCAUUGCCCAGUGAGAUCCUGGGUCCUGUGGACCAGUACCUGGGGGUACCCUACGCAGCUCCCCCGAUCGGCGAGAAACGCUUCCUGCCCCCGGAACCACCCCCGUCCUGGUCGGGCAUCCGGAACGCCACACACUUCCCUCCAGUGUGUCCCCAGAACAUCCACACAGCUGUGCCCGAAGUCAUGCUGCCAGUCUGGUUCACUGCCAACCUGGAUAUCGUCGCCACUUACAUCCAGGAGCCCAAUGAAGACUGUCUCUACUUGAAUGUCUAUGUGCCCACGGAAGAUGUAAAGCGGAUUUCCAAGGAAUGCGCCCGAAAGCCCAACAAGAAAAUUUGUAGGAAAGGAGGAUCCGGCGCUAAGAAACAGGGCGAGGACUUAGCGGAUAAUGACGGGGAUGAAGAUGAAGACAUCCGGGACAGUGGCGCUAAGCCUGUCAUGGUCUACAUCCACGGAGGUUCCUACAUGGAAGGGACAGGCAACAUGAUUGACGGCAGCGUUCUUGCAAGUUAUGGCAACGUCAUCGUCAUCACCCUCAACUACCGGGUCGGGGUGCUAGGUUUCCUGAGCACUGGGGAUCAGGCUGCUAAGGGCAACUAUGGGCUCCUUGACCAAAUCCAGGCCCUCCGCUGGGUGAGUGAGAAUAUUGCCUUCUUUGGAGGAGAUCCCCGUCGAAUCACUGUCUUUGGCUCGGGCAUCGGUGCAUCCUGUGUUAGCCUCCUCACACUGUCUCAUCAUUCUGAGGGGCUUUUCCAGAGGGCCAUCAUCCAAAGCGGCUCUGCUCUAUCUAGCUGGGCUGUGAACUACCAACCAGUGAAGUACACCAGUUUGCUGGCAGACAAAGUGGGCUGUAACGUGCUGGACACCGUGGAUAUGGUGGAUUGUCUUCGACAAAAGAGCGCCAAGGAGCUGGUAGAACAGGACAUUCAGCCAGCCCGCUACCAUGUGGCCUUUGGCCCUGUGAUCGAUGGUGAUGUCAUUCCUGAUGACCCUGAGAUCCUUAUGGAACAGGGAGAGUUCCUCAAUUAUGAUAUCAUGCUAGGUGUCAACCAGGGUGAGGGUCUCAAGUUUGUAGAAGGGGUGGUGGACCCUGAGGAUGGUGUCUCUGGCACUGACUUUGACUACUCUGUCUCCAAUUUUGUGGACAAUCUGUAUGGCUAUCCUGAGGGCAAAGACACCUUGCGGGAGACCAUCAAGUUUAUGUACACAGACUGGGCAGAUCGCGACAACCCCGAGACCCGCCGUAAGACACUGGUGGCGCUCUUCACUGAUCACCAGUGGGUGGAACCUUCCGUGGUGACAGCUGACCUGCACGCCCGGUAUGGCUCGCCUACCUACUUCUACGCCUUCUAUCACCACUGCCAGAGCCUCAUGAAGCCCGCCUGGUCAGAUGCAGCGCACGGGGAUGAAGUGCCCUAUGUUUUCGGCGUCCCUAUGGUAGGUCCCACUGACCUUUUCCCCUGCAACUUCUCCAAGAACGACGUUAUGCUCAGCGCGGUUGUGAUGACCUAUUGGACCAACUUUGCCAAGACCGGGGAUCCCAACAAGCCGGUACCCCAGGAUACCAAGUUCAUUCACACCAAGGCCAACCGCUUUGAGGAAGUGGCCUGGUCCAAAUACAAUCCCCGGGACCAGCUCUACCUUCACAUCGGGCUGAAACCAAGGGUUCGUGAUCAUUACCGAGCCACCAAGGUAGCCUUUUGGAAACACCUGGUGCCCCACCUGUACAACCUGCAUGACAUGUUCCACUAUACAUCCACGACCACCAAAGUGCCGCCCCCGGACACCACCCACAGCUCUCACAUCACUCGCAGGCCCAAUGGCAAGACCUGGAGCACCAAGCGGCCGGCCAUCUCACCCGCCUACAGCAAUGAGAAUGCCCCCGGGUCCUGGAACGGGGACCAGGAUGCAGGGCCACUCCUGGUCGAGAACCCGCGAGACUACUCCACUGAACUAAGUGUCACCAUUGCGGUGGGGGCCUCCCUCCUGUUUCUCAAUGUGCUGGCCUUUGCUGCCCUUUAUUACCGUAAGGACAAACGGCGCCAGGAGCCCCUGAGGCAGCCUAGUCCCCAGAGGGGAACGGGUGCCCCUGAAUUGGGAACUGCUCCAGAAGAGGAGCUGGCAGCAUUGCAGUUGGGUCCCACUCACCACGAAUGUGAGGCUGGCCCACCCCAUGACACAUUGCGCCUCACAGCUUUGCCCGACUACACCUUGACCCUGCGGCGCUCCCCUGAUGACAUCCCACUCAUGACCCCCAACACCAUCACUAUGAUUCCCAACUCCCUGGUUGGGCUGCAGACCUUGCAUCCCUAUAACACCUUUGCCGCAGGGUUCAACAGUACUGGGCUGCCGCACUCACACUCCACUACCCGCGUAUAGCUCUAGCCCAGAGCACAACCCAUCUCCCAGCUUUCUCCCCCCCCCAGACCCACAAACACACAUGCACACACAUACACAUAUAUGUACACGCACGCACCCACACCCUACAGCAGACCCAUCUGCACAGACACAGACAGAUGUGGACAUGCACCCGCAUGUACAAAAACACAAAUCCAGAAAGUAAACCUGAACAGGCCCUUCAAAUGGGGACACAUAUGAGUCCUUGGUACCAAGGGCCUCCGGAACAGCGGCUGGAGCCAGCUCCCUGAACCUGACCAGACACUCCUGGGGCCCUGGAAGCCACAGCUGGACACCCCCUUGGUGCUUGCCUUCUGGGAACUGCACCUUCUACCAACUGCAGACUCGGGAGCUUUAAAGAGCAGGAGAGCUCUUCCUCCCCCAGACUUGGUCUUUUUUCUCUGGGUCUUGUUUUUGUUGAUUUUUUUUUAAUGGAACCAAUGUUUUUCCAGCCCAUUGAAUGCUAAGCAGCUCUGGAAGGGGGGGCUCUAAGAUCAGGAUUCUCUGGUUCUGGGACUCCCAGUGUUCAUACAACCAGACCAAGGAAAAGGACCCUCCAAGACAGUGACAGAUGGGAACAAGACUAUGGGGAGGAAGAGGCUAGCAAUGGACGGGGUUGGCGGGCCAUCAAGGACAGAGCAUCGACUGGCUCUGUGUCCCCAUAGAGAACUGCAGCAUCACCCUGGCUAGACCAGGGGAGCCUAGGUUUGGUAAACUAAGUACUGUGGAGGCCAGAACCUUAUUGGGCCUCUGGGUAUAUAAUCUGGGUUCUGCCUCUGCCCUUGGGGAAAUGAUAUCAGAAAUUUGCCCCAUUUUAUUUACAGUCUCUUUGUGUCUGUCAUUUCUCUUUCAAAACAGUGGUGUUUUGGGUUUUUGUUUUGUUUUGUUUUGUUUUUUUGUUUUUGGUUGUUGUUGGCUUUUUUUUUUUCUUUUCUUUCUUUCUUCUAUUUUUUUUUUUUUAAGCAAAGUUCUUAAAACACUAACGGAAACCCAUGGAGUUUGUCCUUUGUAAAAAUUUUAAACACAGUGUCUUGAUAUAAAAAUAAAAAAAUCCAGUUAGCACUCCCAA